AUGCUGGAUGGAAUAGUUACAGACAUUUUAGAAGCGCGAUCUAUCACUUAUGAGGCCUCGAGUGUGGAUAUCUUCAGCGCUUCAUGGGGUCCUUCUGACGACGGGGCCACAAUCGACCUUCCUCGUCACUACCUUCAGCGUGCGUUCAUUCAUGGCGCCGUCACGGUGAGUCUUCGUACCAGGUCUUGCAUCGACUGGUUGCAUUGA